CGGAUGUGUAUCAAGGUUUUAAAUUUUUUAUUGCUGCAUUCAAAGAGCUUAUUUUUUAUAUCUUAUAGUAAUAAAGAUUUAUUAGAAACUAACAUGCAUGGGUAAAACAGAUUGUGAGAAGUUCGCUGUCAAUACAAUUAAAGUAUGUUUAUUUUACAACUAGCUUAGUAGUAGAAUAUAUUAUUAUGAUUUCAAGCUUAUUUAUAACCUUGUUAAGUCUGAACAGCCUGAACAUUAAAAUUUAAGUAUCUAAUAUUCCCUUAUAGUAAAAUAGUAACAAGUUACCAACAGCUUCCAUGGAUACCACAACGACAACAAUACAAUCAUAAAGGCCAUGCAGAGUAAAAAUGAGUUCUAUCGAGAGUUUGAUCAUGUAAUUCUUCAUUAAAAUCGGUAUGACACAUUUUAAUAGUGUGUUUAAGAACUCUUGUCUUAGAGUUCCAGUAGAUCCUGUUAGCAAAAUGCCAAAAUCUGCAUUUGAACGCAGUGAAAAGUUUUCCAACCAGCAGAGCUCUAUUGAUUCAUCUUCAACAUGUUCUGUGGCUGGUGCGGACUUGGAUGCAGUAAAAUUAAAAGAAUUUUAUCGUAGUAUACCUGAUUAUAAUGAUAUCAAUCACUUACCAACUGAAGAAUUUUACUCUACACUGAAAUUACUUAGAGACAAGAAGAAAGUUAUGUUGGGCAUGGCUAUUGAAUUUAUAGACGACUGCAAUGGACCAAGUGACAAAGUUUCAGAGAACACAUUAGAUAAAUCGGAGGAAAUCAAUAGACUACCGUCGGUAUCAAGUAAAAAUAUUAAAAAUAAAUCACACUCUUCUCAUAGGAAACUAAGUACAGGUAAAAUAAAAAUUAAUCAAGACCUUCCGAAUGCUGUCAUGCGAUCAAAGCCUCAAACUACAAAAAGUUCAGGGACGUGCUUGAAACGAUCGAUACGACAGAAAGUCGAUGAUAAAACAAAUGGCAACGAAGAGUUAAAAAUAGCUCCAAUGAAGAGUAAUUUAGAAAAAUCAAAAAACGAACGUCCAAAGAGGAAUCACUCGGCUUGUUCCAUAUCGUGGAAUGAUGCGAAGCUUGAAAGUAAAAACGAGGUCGAUCAGAAGUUUGAAGACUUUUUUGUUGGUAAGAAGUACGAUAGUCCUGUUAGCAAAGGGGGACUUGACGAUGGAGAUGAAUUUAGAACGCGCAGUAUGCCUUCGAGUCCUCUGCGAAUGAAGCGAGCUGGAUCACCUACAAGACGGCGUAAAAGCAUCACAAUACCGAAGCCGUUUAAAAUGACUGAAAGGGACGAAGAAGAGCGUAUAGUGGGUGAACUUCGUUGUCUGCGGAAAUCGUUUUCUGAUGAUAUGCUUGAUCAAAAACGCGACAGGAAGAAAUUUAGGGCAAAGCCUGUGCCUGUGGAAUCCCGCAUACCACUUUACGAUAAGAUCCUUGAGGACCAAGCAAUGAGGCGAGCAAUAUCAAAAAUAAAUAGUGAAGCAGAGUUGAGGGCUCAAAUGAAACCUUUUAGUUUUACAAAAAGAGAGGAAAAAGGGCUGGGAGGAAUGUGUGAGCGAGCUAUUCAUGUGUUACCUAAAAGUAAAAAGAAGAAAAGAUUUAGGGCUCGGCCAGUGCCGAAAAACUUGUUUUCGAAUUAUUUUUACGAUAAAAUGAAAGAGGACGAAUUUUUCAGAUCUAUGAAUAAACGUAUUAGGGCAGAGGAAAUGCUGCGGAGCGCGAAUUAUCCAGGGUCAAUGGCGGCUCGCGACCGUAGCCGUCUGUCCACGCCUGCGGCUCACAGCGACCUGCCGAUAGAUCCCUCGCCAUGUGCUCCAUCUGUGUCGUCGUCUGAUAGACAGAGAUGCUCCAGCCCUACGAAAGAUCGCAAGAAGCGAGAAAAAUAUCCAAAAGAAGAUUUCAUCACUACAAGCCCGCAGCCGUUCCGAUUUAACACUGCUGACAGGGCGGCCAAGAAAAUGCACGAUGUGGCAAUGAAAAUGUACUCUGAGAAUAAAAGUACUGAGAGUGGAACAAGUGGCAUUGGCAACGGGCCAGGGGCUCGAGCUUAUUCUGCUUUGGACCUCCGGGCCUCUGCUUCUGGGAGGUCGAACUUAGCUGCGUUACUAAGAGCUGAAGCUGUCAGAAGGAGGUUUGAAAUAGAAGCAGCCAAACAUUUGGCGGAGCAACGUCGACGGAAUGAAAUGAGGCAAAGAGAUCGACAGCUCCGAUCCAAACCUGCUUGGCAUCUUGUUAAAAACAACCAUGAAGAAGACAUAGCAAUGCGGCUUCAAACACGUAGGGACGAGGAGAGAAUGAGACGGGAAGAGUUUCUUCACGAGAUGGAGCUCAUGUACGGGAGAGUUCAGCAGCAGCCGAUGCUCUUCGAAAGGUACUACGCCCCGCGUCUGAUGACAGCACCUAUGGAUUCUCUGCAAUUGUCUCCUAGGAAGACAACCAAAAAACGUAGCAGCUCCAGAAAUAAGUCUUACCAUUAUAACAGUCCAACUCGAUCCCGGAAAGUGUCAAUUAACGACACAGCUGAGACAUACACCGGUGACGUCACAGAAUUCCUGAAUAGAAUCGAUAUUGAUGACAAAUACUCAGACUCGGAAAUUGUGACAGACAGAGAUACAGGAAAUAGAUAAGGGAAACUGUUAGCUUUUCGUCUCUCUGCCCUCCCUUCAGCACUGUAAUCGUUUUGUUUAUUUAGAAACAUGUGAUUGUAUUUAAAUGUUUUA